CCCCAAAGGACACCAGAAUUUCGCCAUUUUGGUUGCAAAGGAACAAACUUUAAUGGAACCCACUCCGCCUGGCUGACGGCUGAGAUCGCCCAAUCGAACUCCCCGCAAUGCAGACGUGUCAGAGGCUGAAGCUGCGAGGGCUCCGUGAUUACUGUCUCAGCUUAAAGCUUAGUUAUUAAUUUCUUCCUCUUGAGGAAUGUGGAAUUCGAGGAGCUUCACUCGAGAACGAUGUUUGGCUCUCUGAGUCUGCUGCUUCAAGCGCCUGUUUCCGGGUCUGCUUCACUUUCUUCUCCUUCAUUUUACUGGAAGAAUUCCAAAAGGGCUGUUGGGGGAACUUGUGACUCUCUCAAGCUGAAACCAGUAAGACAAACAUUUGGACCUAUCAGAUUGACUGUUCACAACUGCAAAUGGAGUUUUCCAGCAAUCACUUCGUCGAUAAGUGAAAAGAAGCAAAAUCGAGCAGUCCCAACAGUUCUGACUGAUGACAAUCUAGCUAUGAUGACCACAGAGGAAGAGAUUGAUAACAUUGGUCUUCUUAGUAGUGAUUCUGGCCUGCAACCUUUUAAGGAUCACUUCAGGUAUAGGAUGAGAAAAUACUUAGAUCAGAGAAAGCUCCUUGAAAAGCAUGAAGGAGGUCUUAAGCAGUUUGCACAAGGUUACCUGAAAUUUGGCUUCAAUAGAGAAGGGAGCAGCAUUGUCUACCGCGAGUGGGCCCCUUCUGCUGGGGAGGCACAGUUGAUUGGGGACUUCAAUGGGUGGGAUGGUUCCAACCAUAAGAUGGAAAAGAAUGAAUUUGGUGUUUGGAGUAUAACCCUGCCCGACUCUGGCGGAAAUCCAGCCAUCCCCCACAAUUCAAGGGUCAAAUUUCGGUUCAAACAUGGCGGUGGAUCGUGGGUUGAUCGCAUUCCAGCUUGGAUACAGUACGCCACCGUGGAUCCCGCAAGGUUUGGAGCUCCGUAUGAUGGUGUUUUCUGGGAUCCUCCAGCCCCUGAAAGGUACCAAUUCAAACAUCCUCAACCGCCAAGGCCGACGGCUCCUCGAAUAUAUGAGGCACAUGUUGGAAUGAGUGGCUCAGAACCCCGGGUGAGCACCUACAGAGAAUUCGCUGAUGAUGUUCUGCCCCGUAUAAAGGCCAACAACUACAACACUGUCCAGUUAAUGGCUGUGAUGGAGCAUUCGUACUAUGCAUCAUUUGGUUAUCACAUCACCAACUUUUUCGCCGUGAGCAGCAGAUCUGGAACUCCUGAGGACCUAAAGUAUUUGAUCGACAAAGCCCAUAGCUUGGGACUGCGUGUGCUGAUGGAUGUUGUCCACAGCCAUGCAAGCAACAACGUCACUGAUGGACUCAAUGGAUUUGAUGUUGGCCAAAGCUCACAGGAAUCCUAUUUUCACACUGGAGAACGUGGCUACCAUAAGUUGUGGGAUAGCAGGCUCUUUAACUAUUCGAACUGGGAAGUUCUUCGCUUUCUUCUAUCGAAUUUGAGGUGGUGGCUUGAGGAGUUUAAAUUUGAUGGGUUUAGGUUCGAUGGAGUGACAUCGAUGUUGUACCAUCAUCAUGGGAUCAACAUGGCGUUUAGUGGACAGUACAAGGAGUACUUUAGUGAGGCGACUGAUGUUGAUGCUGUUGUGUAUUUGAUGCUGGCAAAUUGCUUGAUACAUGAUGUGCUUCCAGAUGCUACAGUAAUUGCUGAGGAUGUCUCAGGCAUGCCAGGACUUGGUCGACCUGUCUCAGAGGGAGGUAUUGGUUUUGAUUACCGACUGGCGAUGGGCAUCCCGGAUAAGUGGAUCGAUUACUUGAAAAACAAGACUGAUGAAGAAUGGUCUGUGAACGAAAUCGCGGGGAACUUGACUAACAGGAGAUACGCAGAGAAGUGUGUGGCCUAUGCAGAGAGUCAUGACCAAUCUAUCGUAGGUGACAAAACAAUGGCUUUCCUCCUGAUGGACCAGGAGAUGUACUCUGGGAUGUCAUGUUUAGGUGAUACUUCGCCUAAAAUUGAGAGGGGGAUUGCGCUGCACAAGAUGAUACAUUUUCUGACAAUGGCAUUAGGAGGUGAGGGCUACCUUAAUUUUAUGGGAAAUGAGUUUGGCCAUCCUGAAUGGAUCGACUUUCCAAGAGAAGGCAAUGGAUGGAGUUAUGAGAAAUGCAGACGUCAAUGGAAUCUAGUGGACAUGGAACAUCUCAGAUACAAGUACAUGAAUGCAUUUGACAGCGCUAUGAACAAGCUCGACGAGAUUUUCUCAUUCCUUGCAUCAACCAAGCAGAUUGUGAGCAGCGUGGAUGAAGAAGAUAAGGUUAUUGUCUUCGAGAGAGGAGAUCUCGUCUUUGUGUUUAAUUUUCAUCCAGAGAACACAUAUGAAGGGUACAAAAUCGGGUGUGACUUACCUGGGAAAUACAGAGUUGCAUUGGACAGUGAUGCUUGGGAGUUUGGUGGACAUGGAAGGGUGAGAACCUCUAGUUCGAUCACUCUCUAGUCUUUUUUCUUCAUCACAUGGUAGGGCAUGACGUCGACCAUUUCACCUCUCCUGAAGGGACUCCUGGGGUGCCCGAGACGAACUUCAAUAACCGUCCUAACUCCUUCAAAGUCCUCUCGCCACCUCGUACAUGCGUAGUUUACUACAAUGCCGACGUGUACGAAGAGAGUAAAUCCAUUCAUUUCGUGGCAAAAGAGCUCGAAGAUGUCAAAGAAUCUAUGGAUGAACUGAAGCUGGUUGAAGAUCUGCAAGUGAUUACAGAUCAUGAUGGUGGUGGUGAUGUUAGCGCGAGCACGGAGAUCAAAACGUCACAAGUGGAGAAGCCCAAGGAAGAAGAACCAUCAGAAUGAAGAAUAAAGAUGUUUCCUUGCUUGGUUGUAGUGAAAAAUAGAGAUGCU